UCGUAAGUUCGUCGGAGACUAGCUGGUCGACGGGAGUAGCACCCUGGUGUACAGUCGCGAACUGCAAGGAGAGCGCGCCAAGAGAUGCGCGGCGCACGUGGUCCGCGCCGACGCCAACGGUGAGAACGCGGUGCGGGCUUGGUGGAUAGAGGGUCGCGAGCAGCAGGCCAGCUACGCGAACGCCGGCUUCGACGUGACGCCGGUAACGGGCCACCCGUCGCGAGGCGUCCUGAAAGUUGAUCGACGAGCGGCGCUACGUGUACGCGGAGCGGGGCGUGGAGCUCGACUCGAACGGCGGUUUCUUCUGCGUCCGCAUGGACGGGGAGCCCGACUGGACGAUCGGCGUCGCGUACACGCCAACAGCUCGGCCGCUCGCUCGCCGAGCACUUGCGAGAAGAGUUCGAGCGUCCAUCGGAGGUACGGCUUCUGCUGGACAAGACUGGACGGCCGGCGCAGCGUCGACCAAGUCAGUCUGGCCUUUCCGGGCGCGAUCGAUUGGCUGGCGGUGCACAGCCUGCUGCUCGUCCGUCACCGGCAAAUACCACGCGGGCAGGUGCGAUCAACGACAGAGUCGUCGGCCGAGAAAGCCAACGCGCAUCGCAUCGGCAAAGAUUUCGUCCAAACGAUUGCUCGAGGACCACGUUCGAGAAGUGGGUGCACGAUCAUUGUACUCGUAAUUUUUAUAAUAAAUAGCUACUACGAGCUCGUCGUCUGUCAUCGCAAUGCGAUCAUUCUUUUGCGCGGGGUUCGACUGAAAGCCACCGAUCGCAAUCACGCAAAGCUUUGGCGACAUUCGGACGGUAGACACCGACCAGAGCUGAGCGCUACAGGCGGAGCCGGCUUCAUUGGCGAGAAAGACUGGCGGCAAGACGGGAAAGCCGAAGCUCGCCUGGCUCUCGGAUGACGAGGAUGCAGGAAGAAGGCCAGUGGAUCCGAUAAACGACGUCCAACGACGGACUGCUCUUGUCCAGCCCCGGGGGUACAACGAACCGUGCGCCGAGCAAUGGCAAGACAGGCACCGAGAUCCGAGAACGGAGAGCAGAGGGCACCGUUGUUUCGGACAGAAUCCGCAUUCAGCACCAGUCCUUAAGGCUACCGCUCGCGAAGAAUUAUUCAUUCGGUUGAGCUGUCGACAAUAAUUCGAAUGCACGAUGAAUUGGCAACGCGGCAGCAUGUCUCUCUGCAUCUUGGCAGCGAUUGGUUUGAUACAGCGACUCGGCAUCGCCCAGUCGCCGGCGUCGGAGAUCAAGGAUGAGUUUCAGAUGAACGUCAUGAUAGCCGGAUCGGACAAGGUGACAUAUUCUCGCAACUUCAAUCGCCAUCGUGAAUUCAGCUACGCGAUCUGCUCCGGGACGGUCAGCAAGUUUUGCAACGUCAGCGUGAUCGUCGCCUCGAAACCCCUCAGCGGCAAGACCUGCCGAUUCGAGUUGGACCCGUACGAGGCCACCGAGCUCGGCGUGGCCGCGCUGCUCUUGCCGGACGACGAGCAUCCAAGGGACAUGGUUGCGGUCGAGUGGUACAGAGUGGGACCCUACGAUCACUUGGACUCGUUCAUGGCAUUUCUCACGAUGGCGGAUUGCAAGAAUAACGCGCACCACUUCGUCGGGAGCAUCGACGAAACCAAGGGCAGCCCGACUCACGCGAUAGCGUACCGCUAUCCGAGGAUACGAACGUCGGCGAGGAUGCGCCACGGACGAAGGUUGAUCAAGGAGUACGCGUUCGGACAAGCCAGGCAGCGCGGUGGCAACGGCUCGGCGAACGUGCGAUACAUCCGAACGAAUCACGCGUGGCUGGGCGAGGAACAGCCCGUGGAGCUGGCCGCGAGUCAGGGCUUCUUCUUCGUCGCGGCCAAUCAGUCGACAGUGGACGUCAUGUACGCGAACCUCACGACCGAGGAGACGCAGCUGUUGGGCAGCAUCGGCGGCGCGUACCCAAAGACGUCCGGCGCCCACGGACGCUACGGGCUCUGCUGGAAGAAGCGGGAGAGGGACAGCCGUGUGAAUUGCACCCAGUUCCUCGCCAGCGGCCAGAGGAGCGUGGGCCCAGCGAGCCUGGAGUUGCCGGAGUCGGUCGACUGGCUGGCGGUGCACAAUUUGAGGGAGUCCGGCAUGCUGCUCGUCACGGGUCAGUGCGACGCUGGCCGCUGCGACGGCUUCGGAGUCACCAGGCUCCACGCCGACGGUCGCACGAGUGGCCCGCUGCAAGUCGGCAACCUGAACGCCACGUGCCCGCGGCGACCCGCGUACCUCUCGAUGGACGUCACCGAGGCCGGCUCGACCGGGGAGCUCGUCUGCUUUCAUUUCGUUUGCCUGGAGCACCGAUACUCGGCGGGGCCUUCCGUGGAACGGACGGGCGCCUCUCUGCAGUACCGCAGAAAGUGCCUGGAGCAAGGACAGCUAGCGGCGUUGGAUUUUUCGCGGAGAUGCGUCUCGAUCGGCCCGAACUCCAAGCGAUAAAGCGAUCUCGUUUCCCGACGAUCGUU